UCUUGCAGAAUCAUUCUGGCGUCACGCCUGGGCGGGAUCUCCGCUGCCCAAUCAGACGGCACGGCGCCAUCACACGAGCCAAUCGGCGUGCGGCGGAGGGGGCGGGAGCGGCAGCGGCGCCGUCGGGUUCGGCUGGGCAGAGAGGGCGCUUGAGGAGAACGGAGCGGGGGGACUUAGAGGAGCCGAAGCGCGGCACUUCCACUUCCUUCUCCGCUCACCUUGCCUCGGGUCCCCUCUUUCCCGGCGUCCCGGUCGCUGUCGGUCUCCCGUCCCACUCCCCUCCCAGCGGAAAGGCCCUCAUGGCUCCCCAGAAACACGGCGGCGGCGCGGGGCCCAGUUCGGGUGCUCCCAGCGGAGGGGGAGGCGCCGUCGCUGCCACCGCCACGGGAGGCGGAGCAGGAGGCGGCGGCGGUGGCGGUGGGGCUGGCGCGGGGUUCGGCGGCUCUACCUCAGCCGCCGCCCCGGGCGGCAAAUCCGGUGGGGCUGCUGCUGGAGGAGGCGGCGGCGGCGGCAGCGGUUAUUCUGGCGGCAGCGGAGGUGGGGGCUCCUCGGCGUCGUCAGCGGCGGCCGCCUCGGCUGCGGCCCUCCCGCCGGUGAAGAAGCCGAAGAUGGAGCAGAUCCAGGCCGACCACGAGCUCUUCCUUCAGGCUUUCGAGAAACCAACACAGAUAUAUAGAUUUCUACGUACCCGCAAUCUUAUAGCUCCAAUAUUCUUGCACAGAACUCUCACUUACAUGUCGCACAGAAAUUCCCGAACAAAUAUGAAAAGGAAAGCAUUCAGAGUAGAUGGGAUGCUGACGAAGGUAGAGAAAACGAAGGGAGAACAUGACUUGCAAAGUUUGUCUGCUCAUCUGCAACUCACCUUUACUGGUUUCUUCCAUAAAAAUGAUAAGCCGUUGCAAAACUCUGAAAAUGAUCAAAGUUCUGUAACUCUGGAAGUACUGCUUGUAAAAGUUUGUCACAAGAAGCGAAAGGAUGUUAGUUGUCCAAUAAGGCAAGUACCUACUGGUAAAAAGCAGGUACCGCUGAAUCCAGACCUCAACCAAAUGAAGCCAGGCAACUUUCCGUCACUUGCAGUUUCCAGCAAUGAGUUUGAACCCAGUAACAGCCAUAUGGUGAAAUCUUACUCAUUGUUGUUUCGAGUAACUCGUCCAGGAAGAAGAGAAUUUAAUGGAAUGAUUAAUGGUGAAACUAAUGAAAACAUUGAUGUUAAUGAGGAGCUUCCUACUAGAAGAAAACGCAAUUCUUCCAACCGUGAAGAUGGAGAAAAGACUUUCGUAGCACAAAUGACUGUAUUUGAUAAAAACAGGCGACUGCAGCUUCUUGAUGGGGAAUAUGAGGUCGCCAUGCAAGAAAUGGAAGAGUGUCCAAUUAGCAAGAAAAGAGCAACAUGGGAAACGAUACUUGAUGGGAAGAGGCUGCCUCCAUUUGAAACUUUUUCUCAGGGACCCACACUUCAGUUUACCCUUAGAUGGACAGGAGAUGCAAAUGAUAAACCUACAGCUCCUGUCGCCAAGCCCCUUGCAACAAGGAAUUCAGAAAGUCUCCCUCAAGAAAACAAGCCUAGUUCUGUUAAACCUGCCCAGACAAUAGCUGUGAAAGAAUCCUUGCCCUCAGAUCUACAAACAAGAAAAGAAAGAGAGGUUUCAAAUGAGCCUCGACAGAAGUUGAGAAUAUUUUAUCAGUUUCUUUAUAACAACAACACAAGGCAGCAGACUGAAGCUAGGGAUGACUUGCAUUGUCCGUGGUGCACACUGAACUGCCGUAAACUAUACAGCUUACUCAAACAUCUCAAGCUUUGUCACAGCCGGUUUAUUUUCAAUUAUGUAUAUCAUCCAAAAGGUGCUAGAAUAGAUGUUUCUAUCAAUGAGUGCUAUGAUGGCUCCUAUGCAGGAAAUCCUCAGGAUAUUCAUCGUCAGCCUGGUUUUGCCUUCAGUCGUAAUGGGCCAGUCAAGCGAACUCCCAUUACACACAUUCUUGUGUGCAGGCCAAAGCGUACAAAAGCCAGCAUGUCAGAAUUUCUUGAAUCUGAAGAUGGGGAAGUGGAACAGCAAAGAACGUAUAGCAGUGGACACAAUCGGCUAUACUUCCACAGCGAUACCUGCUUACCUCUGCGUCCACAAGAGAUGGAAGUGGAUAGCGAAGAUGAAAAGGACCCUGAAUGGCUAAGGGAGAAAACUAUCACGCAAAUUGAAGAGUUUUCGGAUGUUAACGAAGGAGAAAAAGAAGUAAUGAAAUUAUGGAAUCUACAUGUUAUGAAGCACGGGUUUAUUGCUGACAAUCAAAUGAAUCAUGCAUGUAUGCUGUUCGUUGAAAAUUAUGGACACAAAAUAAUUAAGAAGAACUUAUGUCGAAACUUCAUGCUUCAUCUGGUCAGCAUGCAUGACUUUAAUCUUAUAAGCAUAAUGUCUAUAGACAAAGCUGUUACUAAGCUACGAGAAAUGCAACAGAAGUUAGAAAAAGGAGAAUCUACUGCUCCUACAACAACUGAGGAGCUUUUUGAAGAACAAAAUGGGACAACUAAUGGCUGCAUUGAAAUAAACACUAGAGAGCGAGCUUCAGAAAUGGAUAGUGCCUCAUGCGUGACAAAACAGAGCAGAAAACAGAAAAUCUGAAGGGAAGAGUAAAGACCAUUCAGUGGACAAAUAUUGAAGUAACAUUCUAAGAUGCAUGAACUCUAUAAGGAAUUUAAUAAGAUACAGGUUCCUAACGGGCAUUGCUGGAAACAAAGGAUUUCAACAUGGAUAGUGUUAUAUGGUUCCUAUUGAGUUAAUUAUGCAAGUACUACAUGUAUAUCAGUUCUAGUGAUGUAAUGACAAUACUCAAAGUUUGAGCAUGAAGAGCAAUACAAUUUUUGGGAAUUUUAAUAAUGACCUGUACUGAAUUUACAUAACUUGAGUAUAUGUAAACCAGUUUUUAUAUACAGAUUUUUGCAUCUGUACAUGGCUGUCUUUCCUGUGAUGGAGUUAAAAAUUGGGAAGGAGAUUGGGACAAGUUAAUGCUUUUGUACUUAGAAAUUCUUCAGGUUUACUUUUAUGGGAAAUGGUGCACCAUUUAAAGUUAACUUGGAUCUUAUUUGUUUUUAUUAAUGAGCGUCAGACUACAGAUUACAAAUUUUUUAACACAUUUUUAGAAAACUGAGAUGUAAUAUAGCACUUCUUUGUCCCACACCUGUUUGGAAAAACCUUUGCUUUUCUCACUGAAAAUACAGGGAAGUACCAUCUUAAUUGACAGUAAAGUUUGUAGGUAGCUCUGAUUACCUGGUAUAGUAAUUCAGAUCUUUUACCUACUAAAGCAGAACUGUCUGUGACUGUAUAAUGGCAUGUUGUGUUAACACCUAGAGGGUAUGGUGGGCAGCGUCUGGAUCCUAUCCUAUACAUAGCCUAUCCUGGCUAUGUACAGACUGCACGAUCAGAGCAUGAAGUUAACUAGCUAUAUUUGGAUGCUACUUUUGAGGGGGAAAUGCACUGUAAAAUUGGAUCAGAAAAUGUGUUGCACUUCUUAUGCAAGUAUUCUGUGAUGUAUUGCAUUCAAUACAGAUGCGAACUAGUCCUGUGCAGUCUUGCACUGCUAACACAUUUUAUGCACAUGUUUACAGAUUUUUCUUUUUUCCAAUGGAAAGUAGUUUCACUACUGGUACAGUAUCAGCACCAAGGGUUUAUUCCAGCAAGCACUGUGGUUGAGUGACAUCACCUCAUUUUUUUAUUCUUAAAUAGUUCAUUUUUCAUAUUCUUUAUUUAUAAAGGAUCAAUGAUGUAAAUACCUGUAUUUCUAAUUUUUUUUAAAUUCCAUUCCACCACCAUAAGAAGGCAGUUCUCUAUUUUGGUUUUUAUGUUUUGUUUUUGUUUUCAUUUGGGGAUGGGGGAGGGUGGGGAAGAAGCUUUCUAAUGGGAGUUUUUCAGAAAUUUAUAAUAACUGUAAAUACUGACUUUGGUCCCUAAAGAUGUGUUUAACUGUGAGACUAUUUAACUAAUGGUGUGGAUGUGAUUUGUCAUCCAGUAUUAAGUUUCUAGUCACUGAUUUGUGUCAAUAGGAAAGAGGGAAACUGCAGCUUUCAUUAGACUUCCUGAUUUGCCUGCUCUGAGUUACUGCAAACUCUGACUACACCUUUGAAUAGCUGGUCAAGCAUUUCUCUUGGGCUUUAAUUUGCUAAAGCUGUGCACAUAUGUAAAGAAUAUAUUUUAGGAAAGAUGUAGUUCUAGAACUAUUGCUUAUGUCACUUCUUAAGCAGUCGCGCUCUUAAUGCUUAAAAGGAGGCUAGCAUUGUUUGCACAAAGUUGGUGACCCCCUCCCAAAAAAAUAGUAAUGAAAUUACUUCUGUCCAGUAAACUUUGUAUGUCAUGUCAAUUUAUAAUAAAAGCUGAGAAUCCCUUUGUUUCUAUUUAUAAUAAAGAUGGAUUUUCUAUAUGUACCCUUAAUGAGACUUUGAAGAAAUCAUGUAAACUGGGUGAACAUUUGAAUGGUACAGUAGAUAUAAAGAGACAACUGUUUAAUGGACCUUUUUGUUUUUACAUUAAAUGUUUAUUUGAAAUUGAAUUUUGUACAUAAAGUUCCAUAAUAUAAAAUUUGUGAAGGUG